UCUCAGUGGACACAAAGAGACUGCUGAUCUUAGCUCAUUUUCUGAGGUAAGUAUAAUAUACUGGGAGUAUUUAACUUAAUAUUUUUUUUGCGCUCGUAGCUUCACAUUCAUGCUGUAAAUUUAGUUUCGAUAAAUACUUUUCCAAGCUUUACGCGGCCCUCUUUUAAUUCCUUUUAUUGAUAACAGACCGAGGUAAAUUAAGAGUUUAUAUUAUAACCUUGGUGAAAAAAAUCUGAAUCAUGGUAGAGGACAUUCAAAACAUCUUUGCUGGGAAUGUCUACUUGUCCUGGCCUUGGCGCAAAUACGGAUGUAAACGGUAAACUAAAUCAAUUUUGCAAAGCAUACCUUAAAAAAAUGAAACAGAUAUGCGAUAUAUGCAGUGGUAUUCAAGCUUGCGGACCCCAUAGGUGACCAAGUUGAAUAAUAUUACAAAAAAUUCAAUUUUGUUGGUUUAAUUUUAAGGUAUCAUGUUUUAUUUCUGAAAUUACAAUUGUCAACAAUUAAGGACAAGCAUUCAGAGAGGGAGGGGCUGGUUGGAGGGGUGUCAAAUUUACCCAACUGGGCCUUGCUGAGUGGUGUAAAGGGGGUGGACCCUAUAUAAUCAUUUUAGAACAGUCAGCUAGUACUUGUUAAUGUUUUGGUAUAAGGACAGCCUAAGGUAUAAGGUAAGGUAGAAUAAAAAUUAUUGAAUUUGGUUUUUGUAUGAUCUCAUGAAUAAGCAAACCAUGUAACUUAGUUGCAUGCUUCAGCCUUUGGCUCCAUCAGAUAACUCAGACCUUGGUUUUGAUAAUUCAUAAUUCAUGCUCAAAUUCAUCCAAUGAUUGCUUAUUGAUAUCUUGAGAGUGAAGUGACAAAAAUGAGAGGUAUCAAGUUCACUGGCUGUCGCAAAAUCUGUCUUUUUCUUUGGGAGGCAUUUUGAUAAAAUACUGGAUUAGGUUUAUCAAAAGGUUGCAAGCAUUAAUUCAGGAUUAAAAGAUAAAACUUCGUUUUGAUUUGUCUGUUAUAAAAUGAUAUAUUUUGCUAAGUUUGUAGAGUUUUGUGCUAGUGGGAGGGAAAAAAAGGAAUAUACCUGAAAUAUAAGCAGAAAAACUGGAACUGGCAUCCUGACCAUGGACAACUGACUAACGAGAACAUUCUACCAAUAGACAGUUAGCUUGAUCAUGUUUUGAGUUUCAAUAUCCUGGAUUUUAAUGGUGUAUUUUCUACUUUAUUCUUGAAAGAACUGGAUGUUGUUUUGUGCAUCAUAAAAAAUUUGGCCAAAAUUUUCUAAAUUAUUUGUUUCCUUAUACAGAUUACAUACCAAUUCCCUAACGAUAUUCUUCAUUUUUUCUAAGUUUUUCUUUCUCCUAUCCAAACCAACAUUAUACUGAGGGUUCCCUUACAUAACAAAAAGGAAAUUAUUAUAUGUUAAUGUAAUAAUGGGUGUUCAUUCAUCAUUUUAUAGGUACACCUUGAUAUUUGCUAUUAGUUAUGGGCAAGAAGGGGAAAAGGAAAAUGCAGCAAUCUGCAAGUCAAUUGCCUGAUGUAGUUGUGGACAAGGAGGUGUUAACUCUAUGUCAAAGAAUAUUUGAACGUAAGUUAGGGUACUAAAAUUUUUAGUGCCUUUAAAUUCUAGUGUUAUGUUGUUAAAGUAAAUAUGUAGUAUUUGCAUUAUCAUAGAAUGUUUGUAAGGGUCAAAAGAAACUCCUGUCUUUUGGUUGGAAAUUUUUAAUUUCAUUCAGUUCAAUUCAAAAACCAAGUGUCACAUUCUAAAGAAAUACUUUUAUUUAGUAGAGCAUCAAUUUUCAUAUCACAGUUGUAAAUAUCUAACAUUUGCCUUAUAUUAUGUAGCUGAAUUGUUCUGGUUACAAGCAAGUGCGAUUCCUUUGGCUUUGUGGAAUGACAAUCACUUGAAAAGCACAUUCUUGCAUAUCUCAAAGUUAUUUGACACAUUUAAUUUAGUGUCAGAGAUUGAUAUGUUGUUGUUGUUGUGGCUAGUUAUAUCUCUAGAAACCCCUGUAUUGCCAGUCAAGCAGUGGGAGGAACAUGUAAAGCUCCGUGAAAUGGUGGAAAUAAUAAGAAAGAGACAAGCUGGUAAAUUAUAUAUCAGGUUUCAAGUUUUAUGUUGAUAACAUAUGAAAUGAACAGACCAAAAAAAAAUAAAAACAAAGAAAACUCCUUCAUGAAUUUGGUGAUUAUUUCUUAGUACAAAACACUCAUUGUACUUUAAAGAUUUAGAAUUAACUUUGAUAGGGAACAAAUCACACCUGCAAUAUUUUUCUUUUUCUAACACUUUUAUGAAAUUCAUAAUGAUUAUGUCACUAAUACUUUGUUUUAGGACAGUCACUCUUUGAAAAUUCAGAUCAAUGCAGAAGAGAUCACAUAUCAAGUUUUACCCAGUGGUUCAAUGAAAAUGGUGGGGUAGCAGAGUCAGUGGUAAUCGAUGACUUUGGCCAUCAAGGGUUAGGGCUUAAAGCUAUCAGUGAAAUUAAGGUAGAGAUCUGUUAUUAGAGAAAAGUAACACUUAUUAAUGUACUGCUAUCAUUCUGAAAUAAAGCAGGAUGUGGUUUAGGGUUAGGAAAUGUAGAGCUGUGGGGUUGGUAAAAUCAAUAUCAAAGUGAAAAACAAUAGUUUGUGGUUAAAGGUCAGAAUUGUUUAUAGUCAGUAUGAAACAUUAUUAACAACUAGAUCAUUUGAUAAUCAUUUCAAGAGUUUUCAUAGGCUUAACCAUUAUACGAUGCUAUACAAAUAUGGUAAACUCAAAAUCAAAACAUUUGUUCUUACAAAAUAAAGUUGGGAAGACUUAUCUAUAUUUUGGGGUGUUUUUAAUAAAAAAAUUAUUCCACUCCUGCUUGUUGGACAUGAGAUGAUUAAUGCCAACUCAGCCCUAAAUGCCUCAUUGGCUACCUAUUAUCUCAUAUCCAGCAAGCACUUGUGGAAUAAUUGUUUAUUGACCCUUUGACUGCCAUUUGUUACCAAGACAGAACUUCCCCUUACAAUUUCAGUGCAAUAUCAAGCUGAGACAAGUGACAAGUCAUAUAAUAAAGAAAAAUAUCAGUUGUGAGAUUUUAGUUGAUCUGAUACCAAAUUCUCUGAACUAACAAUAAGAAUUUAUGGCAGACAGUGAGGAGAAUUACUUUAUGUGAUCUUGAGAGUAAAAGGUUUAAUUAGUUUGAUAUUUUUUACUAUACAUGUAGAACCAAUCAUUUAUGUUCACCUUUCAUUGGUAUUUGGAACUACUUUUUCAUAAUUUUUGUUCGGUGCACAUUUUUCUCUUUGGAGUUACAUGAGUGUAAAUCCUGUAUGUUAAUUGCUUAAUAUUUAAUGACCUCUUCACAAGUCAUAGUUGUGAAUGAGCUUGCCUUACUUGCCAACUGUUGGUCACUUCUGAUUCUCAAAUUGCAUCUUAAUGUCUAUCAUCAUUUGAUUAACAAAUUUACAUAGCUGUGAAGUUUCUAUAAAUCUAUCACAUGUCAGAGAGUAUUUUCUUUAACAUAUGAUCUCAAUUGAAAUAAAUUUUUCACUUCCGUUAGGGGAAAGCCUUGCCUUCUCUUUUCAAUGGUUAUUCUUGUCAUUGAAAUCUUUACCAAUUUUUUAUUUUCUUCUCUUUUUCUUUUUUAAUGGUAUGUUUCAUGAUAAUACCAUUAGGAUAGUUAAGAAUAUGACUUGUACAAACAGGUCCAUGGGAUUUCAAAAUUGAUUUGCGUAAUUUAGUCAUGAUCAGUAUUUCAGACACACUUUGUAUUCUCUUCUCAGGAAGGACAACAUUUUAUCACCAUACCAAGAACACUGAUGAUGUCAGCAGAGACUGCAAGAAAUUCAGACCUAGGUAGCCAUAGUGUGCAAAUGAUUUAUUACACAGACGUAAUUGACCACAGGAAAUCCAUUUUUUUUUGUGACAAGAGUGGAGAUUGGUUUUACCUUUAAUUCCUGUAAAUAACCGAGACAGAAUUUCUCCAUACAAAUUGAAAAUUGCAAAAUACCAAGUAGGAAUUAAUAGUUGAUCCAACACCAAAUUCUCCAAGCUAACAUCGUAAGAAUUGUAUGAUAGACACUUUGGAGAAUCACUAACAAGAUCUGAGAAUGAAAGGGUUAAGAACUCGAAAUCACAAUUUUAAACUGUUCCAUCUUCACAUGGAAGCCUCCUAUCAUCACCAUGGUGGCUUGUAAACUCCUUCUUUGUUCCAUUUACACUGCUACUUUGAGAUUAUCCCAAAGAACAUGAAAUGGCAUGUUUUUUCCUAUGUUUUAUUGAAGGACCAUUGAUUGACAAGGACAACAUUCUGAAAGUAAUGCAAAAUGCCUGCUUAGUACUUCAUGUAUACUGUGAAAAACUGAAGGAGAACUCCUUCUGGAAACCAUAUCUUGGUAUCCUUGAAAGCUGAGUUUGUAAGGUUCUUGUAAAUGUAUGUAGGACUUUGGGUUGUGGUUGAGCAAUUGCAGAUAAUUAUCGUCAAGUUAUUAGUCUCUACUUUUAGGAGAUCUGAAUGGAAAUAUUGUUCACUGUUGUUGUUGUUGUUGUUGUUGUUGUUGUGAGAAGUAAAGUUUGUGGGAUUUCAUAUUUUCAGAUCCACCAGUGUCCACAAAAUAAGAAAAGUUUAAUCCCCCAAAAGUGUUCCUGCAUUUUCGUUCAAUAGGAAUCAGCUUAAUUGCAAGGUUCAAGGUAUCUUCAAGGGUUGAAUCAAGGCAGAGAGUAAUUCCUCUUAUAUACGGUCAAAUAUUUUUUAUUAUUCAUGUAGAAAAAGUUUUUAAGCAAGGUUAACUCUCCUAACUGCAUUUGUAACCUUUUGCUGGGACCUGGAUUGACUUGGCUAGCUAGUAGGGUAGCAAUUUGCUUACUUUCACUUUCAGAAGUUAACUCAAGCUGGAAAUUUCAUUGAAUUAACCAUGAUGUUAAUGUCCUUUCUCCUGUGCCUUCAUUAUGAUCCAUCACCAUUUUCCCAUGCUCAAGUACUGUACACAAUUUAUAUUUCUCAUCAUUACAGCCUAUGUUUUCAGGGUUGGUUGGUGGAAAGACAGACCUGGUCAGUCCUAAAGCACACCACCUGCUUGUAGGGACUGGAAACCCAGAUUUGUGUAAAUUAAGGUGUAUAUGUUUAGUUUAAGCAAUCUCUACCUGGGCUUCAAAAUGAUCUUAGAAUAGUGUAAAGAGGCCAUAAGAAGACACAGAGAAAUGACCAUCAAGGAGAAUUUUGACAGAUCAAAAUAACCUUAUUUGAAUGCAAAAUAUUGUACCCAUAUUUUAUACCAUCAAACAAUCUGUGAAAGCUCCUUAGCGUGUACUUAGAUAUUCUUCCAGCUUCGUAUUCAACAACUUUAUACUUUAGUCUUGAUGAGAUGCAGGCAUUGAAAGGUUCUCCAGCAUUUGGUGGGUAAUUCUAACGAUUUUAGCCUUAUCUUGUGUUGAGUUUCUUGAUUCUCUAUACUCCUUGUUAGCAUAUAACUAGUUGUUACUAAUAAAAUUUGCUCAAAGUAAUAUAAGAAGAAGCAGAAUAGCUUAUAUCCCUGGAGAUAUUUGCUACAGCGAGUUAUAUGGGAAUGCCUCCACUCCCUUCUUACUAUGAAAGCAUCAUGUUCUGUCUUGAGGGUUAUAGCGAUGCACGAGUUGUAGUAUAGUGUAGGAGGAUUUGAUAUUACUAGUCAACACUGGGUGGUUUUUUUUUUAAGCAGAAAAACGAAGAGUUACCACCCUCAUUCCAAAUAAAAGGGUCUACUGGACCAUUAUGAUUCAAGAUACUUUUGGUUUCAUCAACUGAGUUGAUAAUAUAAAUCGGCCACCGUAAAGAGUUUCAAAGCUGUCGUUUCGAGCGUUAGCUUUGAAACUUUUUACGAUGGCCAAUUUAUAACUCAGUCGAUAAAACCAAAAUGUUUUUGAUAUACUCCCGCGCCGACGCAGUACCACAAUUUCUCUAGAAACUUACGUUCUUUAUUCACUGUGAUUCAAGGCGUGGUUAGCUAUAGUUAUCCCAUUUGUUCAUCAAUAUGAAUUAUUACUUUUUAAAUCCCGCUGGGAAAUAAUAUCCUUACACAACAACUCCCAAAUGAUCUGUUGCAGGUGAAUCUCUCAAGCUGUACAGAAAUAUUGCGCGACAGUAUUCUUAUCUCUACCAACGUCUUCAUCAGGUGAGUGUGGCGUGUCAGCUCACAUUUUUGGGUAUCAAGUCGUUUCGCACCCAUGGACGUUUCGUACUCAGUCUAUUCGUACUAAGUUUGUGUCGGUUCGUACUCAACCCGCUGGUUGAUUCGCACCCGCCCAAGCAUUAAUUGACUAUCAGAUCCUCUUCAAAAGUGUGGAAUAAUCGAAAAAAUAUCACCUCUUGUUUUAAAGUAUUAAUAACUGUCAUUCUAAUCAGAAGUAAUUGAUUGUUGAUAGGUUUGUCCAGAAACGGCCAAGCUUCCACUUAGAAGACAUUUUACUUUUGAUGAUCACAGGUGCGUCUGACAUCUUUAGCUCCAAGUUCUUUUAGAGUGAACUUGAAAAGGUUCAAGUAUAAUCAGCAAUAUUCCACUGUUCAGUUAUAGUAACUCAUAACACAAUAUUUCUCAGGUAAAAUCAUAUAGACAUGGGUGCGGUUACAGUUGACCCAAAUAUGCUUGUACAUAUUUUUUAAACUUGAAAGUUUGGUUGAAAGAAAAUUGACUUGCUUCCUUUUCGACGUUCUGUUUUAACGAAUGAGCAAGUAAUCCUUGGAAAAUUUUGACCUGGACUGAGGAAGUUAAAAACGAAUUGACUUGUUCCUUUUAUAAUAACGUGUUCGAUUUUGUCGUGAACAAGUCAAGGUAUUACUGUGCAGCAUAAUUUUGAUAAAGAUUAAUUAGGUGUUAAGUACCAUAACCCGCCUCUUUAACACACUCCUAAACCUGUUUUGGAACAAAGGUUCUGAUUCUCUGUUGUUUUUCGAGGCAAAGCCUCUUUAAUGAAGUGGCUGAGUCAAUAGAUUGCCCUUCCAUGAUUUUUUAACUCCCAAAUGCUUAUUGUAUCCGUUCGCAAAAUUUUGAGUGGCUCUUUGUGAAAUGAAAAAUUAACUGCAGUUUUAGGUAAACCAGAUGAAAGGAAUUAAGUAUUAUUAACUGAGUUGACAACGUAAAUUAGCCACUGUAGAGAGUUUCAAAGCCGACAUUUCGAGCAUUAACCCUUCGUCAGAGCGAUUUGAUGAAAGUAGUUUGGUAUGGAACGAAAAUUCCAAAAUAGCUGAAAUAAAUUUGUGAGGAACUGUAAUGUUUAAAUAUGGGAAAAGAUAUUGGUAAAGAUUGCGAGUGAGCGUGACGUUGGUUCUCAAAAUUGUUUUUCCAGAUGGGCAGUGUCAACUGUCACUACUCGACAAAACAAGAUCCCAAGCACCACAGGUGAACCAACUCUUGCGCUUAUUCCUAUGUGGGACAUGUGUAACCACUGUAAUGGCACGGUAAGAGAACACACAGCAGAGUAAAUGUGAUCCCUGCAGAUUAUUUAGCAAUUUAUUUGACUCAUAUCCUUCAGUCUGCAACCUGAAACAAUGAAGAAAACAAGUGCUAAGGAAUAUAUUUGUCCAACGACAGUGAUUCAGGGUUCCAGACCUUGAGGAAGUCAGGAGAAGUCAGGAAGAUAGUGGAAGUGGUUCUUUUUUUUUUUAAUUUUUCCAUGUUCUUGUUUCGCUAAAAUAGAUCUCAAUGUCUUUUUCAUUCUGUUUAUCUGUCUGAUACCAUUAUUCACAUCCUAGAAACUUAAAAAGAAAAACAGUCGGGUUAGAAUUGAAGGCAUUUAGCAGUAAAACGUCAUCCACCACAAAAGCCUGGCUCAACACAUUCUUUUCCUCAUACCUCUAGUUUAUUCCGAAAACUAAAUCAUAUAUUCUGCUCUUCGGCUCAGUCGAGAAGGGCUGGAAUGUGGGCCUUGAGGAAUAAGUCAUCUUAAAAGUUUUGUCAGUAUGCCCGUAUCGUAGACAAGCUAUUUCUGUAUAUUUUUUUUGCUUAGAUAACGACUGGCUAUGAUUUAGCUGAAGAUAGCUGCAAAAGUAUGUCUGUGAGGGACUUUCAUGUAGGUGAACAAGUGUGCAUUUUUUAUGGAGAGCGUUCCAAUGCGGAUCUGUUGGUACAUAAUGGGUUUGUGUUUGAGGAAAACGCCCACGAUAAGGUUUCCAUCCAGUUGGGCGUCAGCAAGAGUGAUCCAUUAUUCCAGAUGAAGGAAAGACUACUGGCUUCUAUGGGAAUGACUGCGUACGUUUUGGAAAGGAUUCUAUUUUGCCGUUUAUUUAUCCAUAUAUAACCUCGUGAGCUCACAAGUGUUUUUGCAAGAAGUUGUUAAACCUAAAAAUACUGGAUCAUUUUCUUGUAUGAAAAAUUAGCACUGUCUAAAUCUCUUCGAAGACGAUUUCUUGUUAUUGCCAUCGCUUUUUUUUAAUUUGCUUGUGGAUUGUCUGUCUUAUUUUGCGUUUGAACCAUGAUUUUAGAGGGAAGGCAUGUGAAGGAAGAAAGGUUGAAAUUAAGACCCAUAUUGCACAUUUUUUCGCAGGUCAAGUCAUUCGUUUCCAGUGGGUUAUGGAGAAAGACCAUUCGACUCUGAAUUGGUCACCUUUUUGAGAAUCUUUUCUAUGACUGAAGGUAAGAUAAACAAUAAUACAAGAAAACGUUCAGCUUAUGAAAGGGAGAAAGUCUUCUUUGCGAUGUCAAGCAACGCUCCACCAAACUAACGAUAAGAGCGUUGCGUGACAUCCCGACGAACGGCCGCGGAGGCUAAAUAAGGGAGAGGAACAAUGUCUUCUUUGAGAAUCUGUAACACUCCAACAGAGCUGGUUUUAGAAAGUUCGAUCUUUUGAAGUACGGAUGACGGGGUUUGAAAAAGUCUUUUUGUUGUUGCUCAUGGCUCCUUAUGGCUCCUCUUGCAAGGCUUCGUUUUGAUCGAUUUUGAUCGAUUCCACCAGCGUCCAAUUAACUAGUGACCUUCCAUGCCUUAAAGACAGUGGUCUUACAUUUCGUGGAGGCGUGUAUUUGGUAUUGUGAAAUGUUGCAAUAUUUCGAUGGCCCAUACGCAUGGUUUAUUUUGUUGAAAAUCUUGUGUGUUACUUUAUAUAGAUGAGUUAAAAGAGUGGCUCAUGAAAGCGAAUGAAGACACCAGUGAGUUGAAGAAACUUUCAGAAAAAGAAAUAUUUGUCAAGGAGGAGACUGAAAACAAGGGUUGGCAGUUCCUGGAGACACGUCUGUCCUUACUUCUUAAACAGUACAAAAAUACGGACUCGGUAAGUUUGGUCUCGUUGAAGAAAAUUAUGCUUUGUUGGUGAAAGGGAUGACUUUGUUAUUUAAAACACUAUAUGCAUUUAGAUUCUUUUAAGGUGAAAUCAAACUCUUCAAAGUGCUACUAAGUUAGAAAUAUUUUCUCGAGUGAAAUUAGUAGGAACAUUAGACAGGAACAUCGUCGUACGUUGUGCUAUGCUCGCUGCAUGUACGAUGAAGGGGGGGCAGUUUUUUUUAGCUCUUAUUAUUCGCCCUUGGCAAGACGAAACAAUGGAAUACUGUUAGAAGUAUUCCAAUUUCCUUUUGAAAAAUUGCCAGUGGAAAAGACCUCUCAUUUCCCCUGAAAAACUGAAAAGGGCUACAUUUUACACCAUCAUCUCCAUUAUUCGGCGCUCAAAACUCCCGCAUGUUCCCCGAGUUUUGCGCCUAAAAUCUUUAAGACUUAAUGGCCUUACUUAAAAAAGAGUGUAGGUUUUUGUAAGUUCUAAAAACUGACCUGCCAUUUCCAUACAGAACGAUCUGCUCGGUUAGAGCUAACAAAUGGGUAGCAGCCCAAAUGUGAAAUUUAAAGCACUCAAGAUCGAGUCACUUAGCUGGAAUUUUUCCCGAUAAUUUAAUUUGAAUUCCCUUUCUGCUCUGUGGACUUAGUUGGGAUCUUUAUCCUUUACACCUUAACAUCAGUAUGUAUAUUAUCCAUACUGUUCUUUAUACAUUUCCUAAGGUGCUGAACAGGAGAAUUUGUGUAACAAUCAAGAGCUUCUUUAGUUGGUGAUCAUUUCCUUUGUUCUCAUGAAUUUAAUGUGAUUCAGGAAUGAUAUUGCAAGGAAAAAUUAGAUGCUGGUUACUUUUGGGGGUUGGAGGGUUAAACGGUUUAUACGAAUCACCCGCGUAAAGAUAAUCACUCGCCAGUGCCUUGGUUUCAAGUCAUAUGUAUUCGAACUUGGUUUACCCGCUGAAUGGUAAAUGACUUUGAUGGUAAACUGCUUGUUAAUUUUUUACUUCUUUUUUUAAACUUUAGGAGGACUCUGAGUUGCUUGAGAAUCCUGAAUUCUCACACCACAAAAAACUGUGCAUCCGGUUGAAACGAGCCGAAAAGAAAGUGCUGCAAAUUGCACUGAAGCAUGCUACCGCUAUAAGGAGCAAAAUUAAAGAUUCGUCUCAAAAGCGUGUUUCUGAUUGUGAUCAGGACACAAGUCGUCAUAAUGCUGAGAGUUCCACAGAGGAAAACACAAGCAACACGAUGGAUGCAACAACGUCUGCUGUGGAUCAACUUUGUGUGAAGUGACAGUUAAAAAGUCUCAGUGACAAUGGCAAUGUCUUCCGUGAAAUUUCAUCUUCUAUAUUUCAUCCAUAAUCAUAUCCUCCAUACUAAUUGAAGAGACUAAUGUUGGAAGAGUGUAUCGCCUGCCCUUUGUCGAGGGCAACUUAUUGAGUUACUUUUUCACUAAAAGGAAGGUACGGUCUAGAAAAAGUGUAGCUGAAUCGAAAGUUCUUGACUUUCGUUUUCUUAACUGGCUAUUCAUUUGAGCUGAAGAUAUUUUUAUUGAUAACAAUCACGUUUCAAAAAUAGGCAUUUUCAUGGAGGCUUAGGUUCACACGAAGUCGAAAAUUUGCUUUACGGACAAGAAGAUAUUUUUUCUAGAAAUAACGAUAUUUCAUGGCUAAGGAAAGGGUUCGAUCAGCGUUUUACCACAUAGUGGAUCGAAAACAACUAGUCCCUUCCGGGGUAAGCGAAAGAUGACACACACAACUGAAUUUUUAAUGCCUUUAUUGGUUAUACAAAGGAACAACUUUGAAAACAACGGAACUUGUUAGUAGGAUAAGUAGGUUAUAAGUAUAUCGGCAGUGCAACACGUGCUUUGAAAGUACGUCAAACAAGGUGUGAUAAUGUUCGACCAUGAAUUUUAAAAU